CGUCAUGUCUCAGUCUGGUGAAAAAGCAAAAUUCUCUGAUUCUGCAGGAUAUGUUGGCUUUGCUAACCUCCCCAACCAAGUCCACAGGAAGUCUGUAAAGAAGGGCUUUGAGUUCACCCUAAUGGUGGUUGGUGAAUCUGGCUUGGGGAAAUCCACUUUAAUAAACAGUUUGUUCCUGACCGACCUCUAUCCUGAACGUUACAUUCCUGGAGCUGCAGAAAAGAUCGAGCGAACGGUUCAAAUUGAAGCUUCCACCGUAGAGAUAGAAGAGCGAGGGGUAAAGCUUCGCCUGACGGUAGUAGACACACCAGGAUACGGAGAUGCUAUUAAUAGCCAAGACUGUUUCAAGACGAUUAUCCAUUACAUCGACAAUCAGUUUGAAAGGUAUCUUCAUGACGAGAGCGGCCUCAACAGGCGCCAUAUUGUAGACAACAGAGUCCACUGCUGUUUUUACUUCAUAUCCCCCUUUGGACAUGGGUUGAAGCCUUUGGAUGUGGAAUUUAUGAAAGCCCUUCAUGGAAAAGUCAACAUUGUUCCCGUAAUCGCCAAGGCAGACACGUUGACACUGAAGGAGAGAGAGAGACUGAAGAGAAGGGUCUUAGAUGAGAUAUCUGAGCACGGCAUCAGGAUUUACCAGUUACCUGACGCAGAUUCUGAUGAGGAUGAAGAAUUUAAGGAACAGACCCGGGUGCUGAAGGCUAGCAUUCCGUUCGCUGUCAUUGGCUCCAACCAGCUUAUUGAAGUGAAAGGAAAAAAGAUCAGAGGUCGCCUGUAUCCCUGGGGAGUGGUGGAGGUUGAGAAUCCAGAACACAAUGACUUCCUGAAGUUGCGCACCAUGCUAGUAACACAUAUGCAGGAUCUACAAGAAGUAACCCAAGACUUGCACUAUGAAAACUUCCGGUCUGAGAGGCUAAAGCGCACCGGCAAGCCUGUCGAAGAAGAAGUCGUGGACAAAGAUAGGAUCCUUCAGCAGAAAGAGGCAGAGUUGCGCCGGAUGCAGGAGAUGAUUGCCCAAAUGCAAGCCCAGAUGAGGAUGAAACCUGGAGAUGAAUGAGGAGCAAGACCAGGCUGCCGGUGUUCUACGGUCCUCUUGAAAAUGGGUCGAUGCUUUACUUCAAACUGAAUCACAACACUACCAAAUACCAAUGGAAUAAUGCUUGGAUAUGGUGCUGGAUAUCGCGAGACACAGCCUUGGAAGAUCCAAUUGGAAAGCAGCCUCUCCCUCCUCUCAUGAUAUAUAUGUACUCGUCCUUAAUCAUGUUGGCUAAUAUCUUUUUUCCAUCUUCUUGGUAAUGAUGCUCUCCUGCAUAUAAUGUCGGGUUUAUUUUCCUUCUAACUUUUUUCCCUGUCUCCAUUUUUGCUUUCAUUCAAAAAGCUAGUGGACUCAUACUAUAUGUACGUAAGCUUUGAGGAGCAGGUCGAUGAACCGUGGCUUUUUCAUUUAGGAUAAUCAUGGAUGCUCUUGUAACUUCGUUUCUUAAAGACCAGCAAGCUGUUUCCUGUAAAUGUAUGUACGUGCUUUGUGCCCUGACCAAGUUACACUUUGCUUCGUUAGUCGCAAGUUAGUUAGUGAUAUAGCUUGUCGCUUGCUACUUCAUAGGAUUUUUGUCUCACAGUCGUCUGUUCCAAAAAUGUCUGUCUCUCUAGGUUGUGCUUUCCUUAGAUUGCUAGGUUAGAAUCCUUUCAGGUGCUUUCUUUAAACAGAGGGGAGAAAGGUACAGAACACUAAAGCUACAGGAACGAUGGUGGUACAGGAUUGAACAUCCCUUAUCCACGAUGCCUUAAAUAAUUGCAAAUGCCUGGCAUGCCAAAAUUGUUCAUGGGGACCUCCUAAAAGACCCACCAUGGGGUUUGCAGGUACUAAUCAAUGACAGUUUCUGUUGAAGCUACUUGGGUCCCCUUGGCUGACAGAACAACGGUCUGUACUCAAAACGUUUUGUAUGUACCAGGACACUAACUUCCCUUAGCAUUUUGUAAUAAAUGGAAUAAA